AUGGCUUCCUCAGCGAACCAACAGCAAUCCUUCCCGGCUGUGCCUCCAUCUAUGUCCGCUGGCGAUCAUGAGAUGCGAGACUACUACGCCCCGCAAAAUGCACCACGACCCCCAAUGAACCAAACACCAAACUUCAAACCAUACCUUGGCCUUCGAGCUAGGCUCUCGCAAAUAUGGAUCAACCGCUGGACGAUUCUCCUCCUUCUAGUGCUCGUUCGUCUGCUUAUCGCCAUCGCAAGCACCGACUCAAGCCUUGCUUCCGCACGCCGCGAAGCCCUUAGUGCUUGCACCCAAGUCGAGAAUAUUGGUAGCUCCAUGGCUUCCAUGCCUCACUACAUGGCGAAGGGCGUCAACGAGAUGACCGCUUCUGGGGUUGAGAAGGCAGUCAGUGGCCUCAUGGCCAUGUUGGAGAUGAGCGUCACUGGUAUCGAGGAGAUCGUUCUCUUCGUUAUUCACAUGAUGACAAGCACUUACCUCUGCCUGAUCACCCUGGCUGUUCGCGGCAGCCUUCACGCUGCUGUGGAAAUCGGCACCGAAAUCAGCAAAACCCUCAAUCAAACCAUCGAUGAGGUCACCGACGACAUGGGCAACGCAGUCAAGACUGUCACCGACGGUAUCAACUCCGUUCUUGACAAGAUCAACUUCAACAUUCCCGGCUUCGACAAGCCGGAGAUCAACCUUGACGAGCAGAUCUCCAAGCUGAAGGGACUCCAAGUACCACCCGAACUCCAGCAAGGCCUCCAAGAGCUGAACAACUCAAUCCCGACAUUCGAGGAGGUGCAGAACUUCACCGACAACAUCAUUCGUACCCCCUUCGAAGAGGUCAAGAAGCUGAUUCAGGCCAUGAACAACUUCACGUUCGACCGCGAUGUGCUUCCUGUCCCACAAAAAGACACGCUUAACUUCUGCUCCGAGGGCAAUUCCAUCAAUGACUUCUUCGACGAUCUCAUCACGAUGGCCUACAAUGCGCGCAAAAUCGCUCUUGGCGUACUGAUUGUCCUCGCCAUCCUUGUCUGCGUCCCCAUGGCGUGGAUGGAAGCCCGUCGAUACCGCAGGAUGCAAGAACGUGCUGCACUCUUUGCGGAAGGCCACGAAGGCAUGGACGUUGUCUACCUGGCUUCACGCCCUACCUCUUCCGGUUUCGGCUUGUGGUUCGGCAGGCGCUUUGGCUCAGCUCGUCGUCAAGCAAUUGUUCGCUGGGCCUGGGCUUACGCCACCUCCGUUCCCAUGCUCUUUCUCCUGUCUCUGGGUAUCGCGGGUCUCUUCGCCUGCUUCUGUCAAUACCUCUUGUUGAAGGCUAUUCAAGACAAGACUCCUGAGCUCACGAACCAGGUCGCUGACUUUGCCGGCAAGGUUGUUGCUUCUCUCAACAACGCCUCCAUGUCUUGGUCCGAGGGCGUCAACGACGCCGUCGCCAAGCUGGACGACGAGAUCAACAACGACAUUUUGGGCUGGGUCAACACCAGCACCACCGCUGUCAACAACACCCUGAACGUUUUCGUGGACGAAAUGAGCAAGACCCUCAACUCGACGUUCGGCGGCACCGUUCUCUACGAUCCCAUCAAGGACGUCCUGAACUGCCUGAUCGGCCUGAAGAUCGCUUCUUUCCAAAACGGCCUGACCUGGGUCCAAGAGCACGCUCACGUCAACUUUCCCGGCGUGUCGAACGACACUCUCUCUCUUGGUGCCGCUGCUCAGGUCAGCGGCUCUGACUCUGCUGCCGAACUGCUGUCCGACCCCAACGGCAAGGCGAAGGAUGAGAUCACCGAAGCAGUCGACCACGUCAUCGAGAAGCUCCUGAGCGGCAUCCAGACCGAAGCGCUCAUCUCCGUCGCACUUGUACUCAUCUGGCUUUUCAUCGCCAUCGGCGGCCUCGUAUACGCAUCGACUCAUCUCGUCUGCCGCGAUCCCGAGACAGGAACCGCCUACUACACCGACCCAUCCAUCGAUCACCAAUCCAAAGCCCCUGUUCACCACGCUGAUUCCGCUCCGCCGCAGUACGUCGCCAACGACUACCAAGUCAACAAAGCCGCACCCUGGACAAUUACUCCCCGACCCUUCCAAACUGUCGAACCCGAGACAGAGAAGAUCGGGCAAGUAGGUGCGCGCGCCGUCACCGACUCAGCUCGUCCCGGCCACGUACGCAUGAGCAGCCACGGCCACCUUGCCGACCCUUCGCCCCUCGACGAGAAGCACAAUCCCUUCUCCGACCGGCACUAA